AGCCACAGCCUUAAGAUGAAGGACCCUAUCAGCAACUGCUCUUAUAACCAGCUGUUUCAAAAUGCAAAAAGAUUUUCAAAAAGCGGGGAGUACUUCUGCAAAGAACUUAUGACAGUCUUUCAGCAAAGGGCUGAGCUGGAACUCAAUUAUUCCAAAGGACUACAAAAACUUGCUGGCAAACUCAUCAGGGCCACCAAAGAAAUGUCAAACAAUUCCACCUACAGUGCCUGGUGUCAUGUGUCAGAUGAAAUGUACUCGAGAGCAGAUGCCCACAGAUCAUUAGGAAAUGCAUUUCAGCAAGAAGCAAUUCUGGAAAUACGACAAGUCUUAGACGAGCACACUAAGAGGAAGAGGCCUCUCGACAGUGCCGUUGAAAGAACCGGAAAACUUGUUACUGCUAAUUGGAGUGAGCAACUCAAGACAAAGAAGAAACUGCUCGGACUAACAAGAGAGCAUGAGGCUUUGUUCAACUUUGUCGAGAACAACAGACAAAUUUGCACGGAAAAAGAAAAACAGAAGAUGCUGAACAGGCUGACUAAGUCUGCAGAGCUGCAGGCGCGGGUGGAUGAUGAGUACUUUAAUAUCAACAUGGAGGGUCAUCAGAUGAGACUCAAGUGGGAAAACACACUGAAAAACUGCUACCAGAUCAUACAGGAGCUGGAGAAACAGCGAAUUGAGCUUCUGUGCAACAUUUUGAACAGAUACAACCUCCACAUGUCCAUCUUUGGGCAGACCCUCAGCCAUGGCCAGAAACAGAUAGAACAGACAGUCCAAAGGGUGGACAUGGACAAAGACAUACAAAGACUGGUGGAGGAAAACAGCAUCACAACCGACGACCACAGAGCUGAGUUUUUGAUGGCUGAUUAUUUUGAGGAGGACAGCAAAUCACUGAUGGCCAAAGACCGAAGAAAAGACGCCAUCAAACUCAAACUCCAGCGUUUGGACGACAGUAUUACAAAAACAAAGAAAGACCGUGAAGGAAUUGAAAAACUGAUGAAAACGUAUUCUGAAAAUCCAUCUUUUUCAAACCAAAAGAACCUUGAAGAAACUGAACAGCAGAUUGAGGAGAGCACUCUAAAACUGGAUCUCCUCGACGCCACUCACUACAAACUCUCUGUCUCACUGUCUGAACUAGAGGGGAAACCUAAGUCCUUCCACCGGUUUAGUGACAGCAUUGUGAAAUGGAAAGAUAAGGAUUGUGAGCACAGCGUUGUUCAACUGACUCGUGCAGUCAAACUCAGGAAGACCCCAUUCAGAUCUCGACAAUCACUGAGAGCUUCUAUCAUUUACAAAGGGCCCGCUCUGUUUGUGACGCAGCAGUCUGCAGAGGCUUUAACAAGUCCCACAACAGACCAAGUCACUUCCACAGCUGCAACACAUGACGCUGCAGCCGAGUGUGGCAGCACCAUUAACGGAGCCCUGCCUCACACUGACGACAAACAACAAGGUGAAAUGACAUCGGAGCUGUGCAGUAUAGGAAAAUGCAAAGCUCUGUACAAUUUCACACCCGAACAGGAUGAUGAAUUAACUUUGACAGAAGGAGAUCUUCUCGACAUUUACGGAAAGGAAGAUAAUGGUUGGUGGUUUGGAAAACUAGACGGGAAGACAGGCCAUUUCCCAUCAACCUAUGUUGAGGAGCUGCCUGUGUUUAGCAGCGUCAAAUCAUCUGAUGCCUGAUCCACGUGACUCAUCAACAACUAAAAUGCAAAACUCACC